AUGGACGACUUCACCUCCCUCGAACUGCUGUCCCUCGUUUCCAAAGUCACCUCCGAAUUGCAAAACCACUUGGGCAUCAACGACAAAACUCUCGCCGAGUUCGUCAUCGACCAGCACGAAAAAUGUGGGGGCAACCUGGACAAGUUCAAGGAAUCCCUGGCGGGCAUGGGAGCGGAAUUCCCCAACAGCCUGGUUGAGAGCAUCGAUCGGCUGAUCAAGACGAUGCAUCCCGAGUACAAAAAGAGCAAGAAACAACCCACGCAGGGAAAUGGCACAUCGGACAUGGACGAGUUGGACUCGAUCGGACGCAAGGCAAGGAUCUUCAAAGGGCUUGCAGUCCCAGAUCGCGAACAGCCCUGGACCGAUUCCGAGGAUGACAUAGCUGCACAGAAGAAGGCGAAUCGGGCGAAUCCCCCGGCGGAGGACGAUACUUUUGCACUUCUCGAAGGACUUGCGGGAAACUCGAAGAACGGCACAAAUGGCACAAUCGAAAGGAACAGGAAGAGGAGUCGCAGUCCCGAUCGUGACGACUAUGCAAGAGACCGAGAACCAAGACGCAAAUACUGGUCCCGGAGUCCUAGCCCCCACGAGGAGAAGAGGUCGCGCAAAUACCGAGAUCAGGGGUAUGAAGACAGGCAUACGGGUUACAGAGACCGGUACGACGAGAGACGAAAUGGCCAUCACAAGAGCAGGCGGCGCGAUUAUGAUGAAGACGAUGAUUUUCAAAGGCCACCUCCUCGCGAACUUGACGAGUUCCCCGUCCUCUACAAAGUCUACGAUGCUGUGGUCAAUGGUAUCAAGGACUUUGGAGCAUUUGCUAGUCUUCAGGGUGUCAAAGGCAAUGUCAGUGGGCUGAUUCAUGUCUCAGCUAUUCAAGAAGGCGCUAGAGUUAACCACCCGUCCGACCUCCUGUCUCGUGGGCAACAUGUUAAGGUCAAAGUUGUCAAGAUGGAAAACAACAAAGUCAGCUUGUCAAUGAAAGAGGUUGAUCAGGUUACUGGGCAAGAUCUUGUUCCAUCUAGGAGAAUAGCUUCUGGUGCCAAUAUGGAACGGCUCAACGGUCAGCCGUCUGACGACCGUUACGGGAAUCUGGGCAGCACAGUCCCCGUUAUUGAAGAUGGUUUUGCCUCGAAGGCUGGAAAGUCUCGAAAGAGGAUGACGUCCCCUGAACGAUGGGAGAUCAAGCAACUCAUCGCUUCAGGUGCAAUCUCCGCACAGGAUUAUCCCGAUAUUGACGAGGAAUACAACGCUACCUUGAACGGAGACGACCAGUUUGAGGAGGAGGAAGACAUCGAUAUUGAGGUACGAGAAGAGGAGCCGCCGUUCCUCGCAGGUCAAACCAAAAUGUCCCUGGAAUUGUCACCGAUUCGAGUUGUGAAGGCUCCUGAAGGGUCCUUGAACAGGGCGGCUCAAGCUGGCACAAACUUAGCAAAGGAGAGGAAAGAACUCAAACAGCAGGAAGCAGCUGAGCGAGCCGCAGAAGAGGCAUCCAAAGUCGAUCUCAACACGCAAUGGCAGGAUCCGAUGAUCAACCCUGAACAAAGAAAAUUCGCAUCAGACCUGCGACAAGCCCAGCAACAAUCUUCACGAGCUAUAGAAGCUGUGCCCGAGUGGAAACGAGCAACCCAGGGCAAGAACCAGUCUUAUGGCCGCAGGACAGAUAUGACCAUCAAGCAGCAAAGGGAGUCACUUCCAGUCUUUCACUUUCGCAAGCAAUUGCUCGAGGCUGUGGCAGCGAAUCAGCUCCUCAUCGUGGUUGGAGAUACCGGUUCUGGUAAGACGACUCAGCUUACCCAGUACCUUGCCGAAGCUGGGUACGCCAACAACGGCAUGAUUGGAUGUACGCAGCCUCGUCGUGUCGCGGCCAUGUCUGUGGCGAAGCGUGUGUCCGAGGAGGUUGGUUGUGAAUUAGGAAAAGAAGUCGGCUAUACUAUUCGUUUCGAGGAUCGGACUUCACCAGACACGAGGAUCAAAUACAUGACUGACGGAAUGCUUCAGCGAGAGAUCUUACUGGAUCCGGAUCUCAAGCGCUACAGCGUCAUUAUGCUGGACGAAGCGCAUGAGAGAACCAUUGCCACAGACGUUUUGUUUGGGCUGCUCAAGAAAACCCUGAAGAGGCGGCCGGAUCUGAAGCUGAUUGUCACCUCGGCCACUCUCGACGCAGACAAGUUUUCUGAAUAUUUCAACCAGUGUCCCAUCUUUUCCAUUCCCGGCCGAACGUUCCCGGUCGAAAUCAUGUACUCGAGAGAACCUGAGGAAGACUAUUUGGACGCGGCGUUGACUACUGUCAUGCAAAUUCACCUUACCGAACCGCCGGGUGAUAUUCUCCUGUUCUUAACUGGACAGGAAGAGAUCGACACCAGCUGCGAAGUUCUGUACGAAAGAAUGAAGGCUUUAGGACCGAGUGUUCCUGAACUGGUUAUUCUACCUGUCUACUCGGCUCUUCCUAGCGAAAUGCAGAGCCGAAUUUUUGAGCCUGCGCCGCCCGGUGGUCGAAAGGUUGUUAUUGCUACGAACAUUGCGGAAACAUCAAUCACUAUUGACGGGAUCUACUAUGUGAUCGACCCUGGCUUUGUCAAGCAGAAUGCCUAUGAUCCGAAGCUUGGGAUGGACUCACUCGUUGUGACUCCAAUCUCUCAAGCACAAGCUAAACAAAGGGCCGGUCGAGCAGGUAGGACGGGUCCGGGCAAAUGCUUCCGCCUAUACACCGAAGCAGCGUACCAAUCUGAAAUGCUGCCAACCUCCAUACCAGAAAUCCAGCGCCAGAAUCUUUCCAACACCAUUCUCAUGCUCAAAGCAAUGGGCAUCAACGAUCUUUUACAUUUCGACUUCAUGGACCCACCGCCAACGAACACUAUGUUAACAGCCCUCGAAGAACUAUAUGCUCUUUCCGCCCUCGAUGAUGAAGGUCUUCUCACACGACUCGGACGUAAAAUGGCCGAUUUUCCUAUGGAGCCCUCCUUAUCAAAAGCCCUAAUCGCAUCUGUGGAUUUGGGUUGUUCGGAUGAGAUGCUCACUAUCGUGGCGAUGCUAUCCGUACAGACGGUGUUUUACCGCCCAAAAGAGAAGCAACAGCAAGCCGACCAGAAAAAGGCAAAGUUUCAUGAUCCCCAUGGUGACCAUCUUACACUGCUAAACGUCUACAAUGCGUGGAAGCAAUCUCGGUACAGUGAUCCCUGGUGUUUCGAGAACUUCAUUCAAAAGCGGCAAAUAGCGCGAGCAAAGGACGUGCGCCAGCAACUUGUCACGAUUAUGGAACGGUAUAAGCAUCAAAUAGUUUCCUGCGGUCGCAAUACGAUCAAGGUUCGACAGGCACUCUGCGCCGGAUUUUUCAGAAAUUCGGCGCGGAAGGAUCCGCAGGAGGGAUACAAAACACUUAUUGAGGGAACACCCGUCUACAUGCAUCCUAGUUCCGCGUUGUUUGGAAAACCGGCCGAGCAUGUCAUUUUCCAUACGCUGGUGCUGACGACCAAGGAGUACAUGCACUGCGCGACUGUGAUUGAACCUAAGUGGCUAGUUGAAGCUGCCCCCACGUUCUUCAAAGUCGCGCCUACAGAUCGCUUGAGCAAGCGCAAGAAGGCAGAAAGGAUUCAACCCUUGCACAACAAGUUCGCGAGUGGAGACGAUGAUUGGCGGUUGAGUGCGCAGAGGAGGCAGGGUAGAGGAGGAGGAGGUACCUGGGGUUGA